AUAGAAGCCUUUCUCACUGCCCCUGACACGACUUAGCAGCUGUGCCGACGUCCCCCUCUCCUAAAUGCUCGGCUCCUUGGGACUGACAUUUGAAAGUGCUUAGGCUCACACCACUCCUAGACCCCACGCCCCUGCUUGACACGGCCACCAUCCCACACCAACCACUGCCUCAGCCCACUAUUGACCAGUUUUAAGCCAUUUGGACAAGAGGGAAUCAGCUCCCCUGAGCCUGCCGAACCCCCGGUUCAGUCACCAUGUCUGAGGCCAAGGCCCUGAAAGUCCGGUUGACUUUCUGCAUCAUCCUGGUAGGCGUCUGCUUGUUGAUGGCUGCGGUGGUAACAGAUCACUGGGCAGUUCUGAGCCCCCGGGUGGAAAAGUAUAAUACCACUUGCGAAGCAGCCCACUUUGGUCUCUGGAGGCUUUGCACCAAAAGGAUCUACAUGGGCAACACCAAUGACAAGAGCUGUGGACCUAUCAGCCUACCAGGGGAGAAGAACUGUUCAUACUUCAGACAUUUUAACCCAGGAGAGAGCUCAGAAAUCUUUGAAUUCACCACACAAAAAGAAUUCAGCAUCUCUGCAGCAGCCAUUGCCAUCUUCAGCAUCGCUUUCAUGAUCAUGGGAACCAUCUUCAUCCUUCUGUCCUUCAGGAAAAAAAGGGAAUAUCUUCUGAAGCCAGCGGCUCUAUUCUAUACGUUUGCAGGCCUUUGUAUCAUCGUCUCUGUGGAAGUCACGAGGCAGUCAGUGAAGCGGAUGAUUGAUAGUGAGGAGACAGUCUGGAUCGAGUACUAUUAUUCCUGGUCCUUUGCCUGUGCCUGUACCUCCUUUGUUCUCUUCUUCAUCUGUGGCAUCGCUCUCCUACUUAUCUCCCUGCCCCGCAUGCCCCAGAAUCCCUGGGAGUCUUGUAUGGAUGCUGAGCCUGAGCAUUAAAUUGACUUCAUCCUUUUCUGAUGGGCUGGGCUCAGGACUAGGGAUAUAGCAGCUUCCAAGGCCCUCUCUCUACAGAAACCAAAUGCCAGACUGGGUCAAGAAGAGGUAAACUGUGGAAAAGAGAAUGUGGUGGCAUUGCUCCCAUCCCCAUAGUAAAUGGGGUCCCCCCGGAAGGGAUCAUAUUUUCCCUUAUCUGAGGCUUCUUUUCCAUCUGUUCCAGUCUCAUUCUCUAUCCUUCUUUGAUCCUCCCUUCCCCACCUCCCCAUCCACUGGACAUGAUAUAAAAUGGUGUCUGGAUGUGUGGCACUGUCCCCAACACCUGCCACUACAUUAUGCCUACAGACUGCUAGUUUCCCAUGCUCUCAUUGAGUGGUGAUGACCCUCUGCUCUAAUCUGGUAGCAGAAUGUGUGAGUCCAGAGCUUUAUCGGCCUUAAAUCAAAUGUCUGAUUUUCUACAUACACUCUGAGCAGUGUCUAUAGGUAGGGACAUUGGGGGAGAGCAUGUAUCUUCUAGCGUUUACAGUUAUAGUUCAUAAAUGUUCUUGUACACAAUUUCAAACAGUUUUCAGGUGGUUCUCUAUAAACUACUCCAUCCCUACACUCUACCCCUCACUGCGUCAUUAUGUCAGGUUUUUUUUCAUGCUCUGUGUGUGGAAGCCCCUGGGAAGAAGUCCCCAGAGUAAUGGAUUUGCUUGUAGAAAUAGCCAACCACUCCUCUACAGAGUGCCAAGACCCACAGUAGGGCUACUUGGAAUUCAUUCCAAAGCGAAUUCUUCUUCUUUGUCCUAAUGCUUCACAAUCCCUAAUGAGCAUUUCCAACUGAGAAGAAAUGAAGUGUGGAUUAAAAUAAAAUUUCUGUAAAAAUGUAUCCCUUCUGUGCCCUUCACUAAAAGUUCACUUGAAUUUCUAGACAUCUAUAAACAUGGCUCUCGACCAGGUUACCUUUUAUAGGGUGAAGCUAUGGAAGCGGGGGGGGGGGUGUCUCAAGGAUGGUGCUGAGGACAUUUCUCAGGGCAGAGGAAGAUCUUCCUUAUAGAAAUUGCUUGGGAGUCUAAAAUUUCCAUUUAAACCCUUGGAUUGAGGAAUGUUCUUUGGGAGAAACCAGGAAUCAGUUUUUGUCUGGCUAGACAGGGUGUUAAAAAUAAGAAUCAGGCUAUUUCUAGGCUUAAGGUCUGUCUUUGCCUAAGAGUAAUGUGUCUCUCAGUGCCAAGCCAAAAUUUAAACAGUUAGGUCACAGGCUUCUGAUUGGACAUUGGACCUCUGUUAUUCCUGACAAGAAAGGAUAGCAACCUCUUUCUGCUCUCCAGCCCCCUACCAUAAUCCUCUGGCUAAGAAAAUUAUUUUCUUGCCCAAGGGAAAAUACACUCUUUUGAAUAAGUAAAUCAGGAAGCUGCGUGGAUCACUGGCACAGCACUAGUAUAAGAAACAGAGGUCCCAUUCAGAGCUCACAAUUGGCAAAAUGCAUCAGCCCUCUCUGCCUCCAUUUACCCAUUUUUUUAAAUGGGAAGAAGAAUAUUUAUUCCCCUUCCACUUCUCACCAAACAUACCUCUUUACCUAGGGCAAUGAUAAGUAAGAGAAUUUUACAUGUGCUUUUGGAUUCCAUUGUAGGAUGGAUUUUUAAGGCAAUCAAACUUAGAGGAAGAUUUGGAUUAAUGAAUAAAUCCUGUCUCAGACACUUCCAUCUAUGUAUUCUGUGAUCCUCAGUUCCCUCAUCUGUAAAUGGGGCAAUAAUAUCUGUAGUAUCCUCUUGUUGGGUUGCUGUGUGGCUCAAAUGAGCUUGUGUUCCAAAAACUUAGUGCACCUUUAAGCUCUUAAGAGUUUUUUAACUUGCAUGAAGUCUGUGUAAAGAACUUCAUAAAAUUUAAAGCACUGCAUAGAUGUUGGUGACUACCAAUUAAUCAACAAGCAUUUAUUAAGUACUUACUAUGUUAAGUACUCAGGGUACAUAUGGGUAGGAAAAGAGAAGAGAACAAGUCUUUAUAGAAAUACCUACUAUGAGCUAUGUACUGUCAAAAAAAGCUAUACAAGUAUUAUUUCAUUGGAUCCUCACAACAACCCCGGAAGGUAGUGCUAUUAUUAUCUGCAUUUUGUUGUUUAGUCAUUUUUAAUCAUGUCCAACUCAUCCUGACCCCAUUUGGAGUUUUCUUGGCCAAGGUACUGAACUGUCUUGUCAUUUCCUUCUCUAGCUCAUUUUGUAGAUGAGGAAAUUGAAGCAAACAGGGUUAGUGACUUGCUAAGGAUAGCUAGUAAGUGUCUGAGACCAGAUUUGAACACUAUCUACUUCAUCAUCCAGCUGUCCCCAUUUUAAGAUAAACAGAAUUAAGUGACCUGCCCAGGGUGACAUAGCAGUUAACAGUCUAAAGUCAAAUCUGAACUCAGGUCUUCCUGGACUCCAGAUCCAUUGCUCUAUAUACUAUGCUA